AUGGCUAUGUAUAAUUCGUCAAUCGGUCAGGAUGAUUCGGAUAUUACAAUAAUUAAUCCUUCAAUUAUCUCUGAUAACAAUCAUGAGAUCUAUGAGCAUCAACAGCAUAAUGGAUUAUCAGAAACAAAUCGAGAAGCAGACGACGACAAUGUCGCAUCAGCAAAGCAUUCAAUACAAAAUCGAGACUAUGUUUUCAUCGAUGACCAUGAUUCAUACGAUGCACUAUGGAAUGCACUUUGUCAUUAUCGAAGUGAUUUAAAAAAUGGAAGCAAUACAUAUCAUGAUUGUAAUCGUCAUUUAAUCAUUCGUUUAUUUGAUAUGAUACGUUCAAUUGUACCGUCACCGAAUGGUUCAUUGUCCAACAAUGCAACAACAAAAUCAGACGAUAUUCAAUCAUUAGAUGAUGAUAUUAACCAGUUAAUUGAUCAAAAACAAAAAGAGAAUAUUGAAAAUGUUCAACAAUUACAUGCCGAAAUAUGUCAAUUAAAGAUGACGUUGCUGAAUAAUAAUACUGUAGUAGCAGGUCAGCCAUCACCUUGUGCAUCAAGCACAGUAGCAGAUGUAAAUGUACAUGAAGAGGAGAUGGAUGCUAUGAAUAAAGAAUCGGAACGACUACAUCAUUUGAUCGAAACACAACGUGAACAAAUCAAUGAACUUUUUUCUCUUGUGUCAAAAGAAGGAACAAUUCCUUCUUCACUUCUUAAUUCUGUCGCUGAGACCAACAGAGAUUUAGAGGGCGAGACGAUCAAUGGUGAUAAUUUCGUUGACACACCGCCAUCGGGAUUGACUCUAAUGCAGAAAAUCCGUGCCAUCGCAACUAGGAAAAAAGAAACAACAACAACAACAACAACAACAACAAGAAACAUCGAUGAUUUUCAUUCGCCUGGUAUAAGUCCGUCGCAUUCGUUCGCAUCACUUUUAAAUUAUGAUGAAAUUAAAUUACCAUUAUUAAACAAUAACGAACAGCCAAUAGUUGAACGAUUACCAUCGAAUAAAGAAACCAUAGACUCUAUUGAAAAUGGCAAUGAUCAACAAGAAGAAGAACAGCAGCCGGUAGUAGAACAAAAGCAAGAAGAUGAAAAUAAAUGUCCGAUAUGUGAUGUCAGUUUUCCGUCAAUAAUGAAUGCCGUAGAAAUGUCUGAACAUGUUGAAAGAUGUUUAUUACCAAAAAUAGAAGACAAAAUAUUUGAAUGUCCUUCGUGUGCUGAAAAAUUUCCAGGCAAUAAUGAAGCACUUUAUAUGGCACAUCUUUCUGAUUGUCUGGAUUGA